CGGUCUGCGUCUCUUUCAGUGCGGACCUACAGUCUAUGGUGCGGACCUGUUGAAUUCAUGCGCUUUUCAGAAAAGACCGUGAAUUUUCCAUAAUGAGGGCAGUUCCCACAUGGAUAGAUAAAGUACACGACCGGGACAAGGUUGAGCAGUGCAUCUAUGACCUGGCCUUCAGACCCGACGGCUCGCAGCUCAUAGUGGCGGCUGGAAACCGAGUUCUGGUGUACGACACCGCUGACGGCACGCUGAUUCAGCCGCUGAAGGGACACAAAGACACCGUGUACUGUGUGGCUUAUGCUAAAGAUGGGAAACGCUUCGCGUCCGGUUCAGCAGAUAAAAGCAUCAUCAUCUGGACCUCCAAACUGGAGGGCAUCCUCAAAUACACUCACAAUGAUUCAAUCCAGUGUGUGGCUUACAACCCCGUCACACACCAGCUGGCCUCGUGCUCCUCAGGAGACUUCGGUCUGUGGUCUCCGGAGCAGAAGUCUGUCUCCAAACAUAAAGUCAGCAGUAAGAUCACGUGCUGCGGGUGGACUAAUGACGGCCAGUACUUGGCUUUGGGAAUGAUGAAUGGAGUGGUGAGCGUCAGAAACAAGAACGGAGAGGAGAAGGUGAAGAUCGAGCGUCCGGGCGGCUCCUCAUCGCCCAUCUGGUCCAUUGCCUGGAACCCGUCCAAGGAUGAACACAACGAUAUCUUGGCAGUGGCUGAUUGGGGACAGAGGCUGUCGUUCUACCAGCUCAGUGGGAAACAGAUCGGGAAGGACCGGCAGCUGAGCUUCGACCCGUGCUGCGUCAGCUUCUUCUCUAAGGGCGAGUACAUCGUGAUGGGCGGCUCCGACAAACAGGCCUCGCUCUACACUAGAGACGGGGUCCGGCUGGGCACCAUCGGGGAGCAGAGCUCCUGGGUUUGGACCUCCCGAGUCAAGCCAGACUCCAACUAUGUGGUUUUAGGCUGUCAGGACGGCACCAUCGCCUUCUUCCAGCUAAUCUUCAGCACGGUCCAUGGCUUAUAUAAGGACCGCUACGCCUACAGAGACAGCAUGACUGACGUCAUCGUACAGCACCUCAUCACUGAGCAGAAAGGUGACCAGAAAAUCCUCCAGCACAUACAGGAGAAGAGACUGCAGUGUUUGUCCUUCACGGCCGUCAGAGAGAAAGAGUGGCUGAUGGAGUCUCUCAUUCGCUACAUUAAAGUGAUCGGCGGCCCGCCGGGACGAGAGGGGCUUCUAGUGGGGCUGAAGAAUGGAGCUAUCCUGAAGAUCUUCGUGGACAACCCGUUUGCCAUCACGCUGCUGAAGCAGAACACUUCAGUGCGCUGUCUGGACAUGAGCACAUCACGCAGCAAGCUCGCUGUAGUGGACGAACACAACACCUGCCUCGUGUACGACAUUCACACCAAGGAGCUGCUCUUCCAGGAGCCCAAUGCCAACAGUGUGGCCUGGAACACGCAGUGUGAGGACAUGCUGUGUUUCUCUGGCAGUGGAUAUCUGAACAUCAAGGCCAGUAACUUCCCAGUGCACCAGCAGAAACUGCAGGGCUUUGUGGUGGGUUACAACGGAUCCAAGAUCUUCUGCCUUCACGUCUACUCUAUGGCCGCAGUGGAGGUGCCUCAGUCUGCUCCGAUGUAUCAGUACCUGGAGCGACGCAUGUUUCAGGAGGCCUAUCAGAUCGCCUGUCUGGGUGUGACGGAUAAUGACUGGAGGGAUCUGGCCACAGAGGCUCUGGAGGGACUCGAUUUUCACACCGCCAAGAAAGCGUUCAUCAGGGUUCGAGAUCUGCGCUAUCUGGAGCUCAUCAACAGCAUUGAAGAGAGGAAGAAGAGGGGUGAGAGUAAUAACCAGCUCUUCCUGGCUGAUGUCUAUGCGUAUCAGGGCAAGUUCCACGAGGCCGCCAAACUCUACAGGAAAACCGGCCAUGACAGCCGAGCGCUCAGCAUGUAUACAGACCUGCGCAUGUUUGAGUACGCUAAGGACUUCCUGGGCUCCGCAGACCCCAAGGACACUAAGCUGCUGAUGAAGAAGCAGGCAGACUGGGCCAAGAACAGUAAAGAGCCUCGAGCGGCUGCGGACAUGUACCUGACUGCAGGAGAACACAUGAAAGCCAUCGAGAUCAUCGGAGAACACGGCUGGAUGGACAUGUUGAUAGACUUGGCCCGUAAGCUGGAUAAAGCAGAGAGGGAGCCGCUGUCCAGAUGUGCCGUGUUCUUUAAGAAGUUCAAUCAUCACGGUUAUGCUGCUGAGAUUUAUAAUAAAAUGGGCGAUCUGAAGGCGCUGGUCCUGCUUCAUGUGGACACUAGACACUGGGAUGAGGCGUUCUCUUUAGUGGAGAAACACUCUCAGUUCAGAGACGACGUCUAUGUGCCGUACGCCCAGUGGCUGGCUGAACACGACCGCUUCGAGGAGGCCCAGAGAGCCUUCCACAAAGCCGGGCGUCAGGCGGAGGCCGUGCGAGUGCUGGAGCAGCUUACCCAUAAUGCCGUGGUGGAGAGCAGGUUUAACGACGCCUCGUACUACUACUGGAUGCUGUCCAUGCAGUGCCUCGACAUCGCCAGAGAUAACUCGGAGAAGAAGGAGGAGAUGCUGAAGAAGUUUCACAGUUUCCAGCACUUGGCUGAGCUGUAUCACGUCUAUCAUUCUGUCCAUCGCUACAUGUCAGAGCCCUUCAGUUCCAACAUGCCAGAGAUUCUCUUCAACAUCUCCCGCUUUCUCUUCCACAACCUGACCAGAGACGUUCCUAUGGGCAUCUCCAAAGUGGACACGCUGUACGCUCUGGCGAAGCAGAGUAAACUCCUGGGAGCGUAUAAAGUAGCACGGCACGCCUUCGAGAAGCUGCAGGGCCUGAAGAUCCCAUCCCGCUAUCAGGACAGCAUGGAGCUCAGCUGCCUGACGGUGCGCUCCAAACCCUACCGUGACAGCGAGGACUUGAUCCCGAUGUGUUACCGCUGCUCCACCAACAACCCGCUGCUGAAUAACCAGGGCAACUCCUGCAUCAACUGCAGACAGCCCUUCAUAUACUCGGCCUCCUCGUAUGAGGUUCUGCCGCUGGUGGAGUUCUAUCUGGAGGACGAUAUCUCAGACGAGGAGGCCGUGUCUCUCAUUGACCUGGAAGUGCCUCGUGUGGAGCGAAACAGCAGCUGGCAGGAGAUGAGCCGCGGCGAAUCCCAGUGUCUGAGGCUGGAUGAUGGGACUGAAGACCCAGAGGACGAUCCGUUCACAGCCAAACUCAGCUUUGAGCAGGGUGGCCGUGCGUUCGUGCCGGUGCUGGUGAAUCGUGCCGUGCUGAGGUGCAUGUCCAGACGAGAUGUUCUGAUAAAGCGCUGGCCCAGACCGCUCAGCUGGCAGUACUACCGCUCUCUGCUGCCAGACGUCAGCAUCACCAUGUGCCCCUCCUGCUUCCAGAUGUUUCACAGUGAGGACUACGAGCUGCUUGUUCUUCAGCACAACUGCUGUCCGUACUGCCGCAGACCCAUCGACGAGCCCAGCUAGCGCCUGGAUUAGCCUCCAGACCAUCACUUCACCUGUGUGUCUGUAGGACUGUGCUUUGAUCAGCUAGAAACGCGUCAGUAAAUGCCAGCUCAGCGCAGCGCUCUGAUAGGAUCAGCCGGAUCAGCUGCUAAAGCUGAUUACAGCGUUUGUACAUGUGAGGACAUACAUACACCUACUCACACACACACUCACACUCACACACACACACUCACACACACUCUCACACACACACACACACACACACACACUCACGGCUCGGUCCACUUCAACAUGUUUGCUUAGAUUCAGACAAUAUAAAUAAAGAGUAAUAUUUAUGCCUCUAACAUGUAUUGUAAUGUUUUCCUGUCAGUAGAGCUGAAGUGUUUGUGUUGAUUGCUUCAUGUAGGUGUGAGUGGUUUUUGCCUGUAAAAGUGGCUGCUGUAAAGCUCAGGUGUUGCAUGAGAUCAUCAGGACACUGCUGGUGAGAUGCUAGAAACAUCGACAAAAACUUUGUAACUUAUGCCUACCAUAAGCACUAGAAAGACCACAGAAAACCAGUCUGUGUGAGCGCGUUUGUACCAACUUAGCCUUAUUCUGGGGACAAAUUUGCCCCAA